GUGUGUCCUGUGGAGCUCCUCACCCUCUGGAGAAUGGCUUGUUCCAGGGGACAGACUUUCAUAGUGGCAGCUCUGUGGUCUAUCAGUGCAACGCUGGCUUUUACCUGCUGGGAGACGCCAAGAUGCACUGCAGCAACAGCGGCAAGUGGGGAGGGAAUCCACCGGCCUGUCUCGAUGUGGAUGAGUGCGCUCUGGGAUCUGACUGUGAUAAUCACGCCAGCUGUCAGAACACAGACGGCUCCUACAUCUGCACCUGCAUCCACCCGUACAGCGGAGACGGCAAAAACUGCACAGAGCCGGUGAAGUGUGUGAACCCUGAGUCUCCAGAGUUUGGCCACAGAACCGGCAGCAACUUCCUGAUGGGCAGUGAGGUUGUGUUCGGCUGCGAGGACGGCUACGAGCUGAUCGGCUCGUCUCGACUCCGCUGCCUGGAGACAGGAAACUGGAAUGAUCGUGUCCCAUACUGCAGAGCUCUUUCCUGCCCGACGCCAACUGUCCCAGAGAACUCCAUCAUGAAGGGCGACAACUUCACCUACGGAAGCAAGGUGACUUUCAGUUGUAUGAAGGGCUUCCUGCCUCAGAUCCCGUAUGACUUUCAGUGUCUCGUCAGUCUGAGAUGGAGCGGGACGCCACCUGUCUGUCACCCACUGACCUGCGGGGGGCCUCCAACUGUGGAGAACGCUGACUACAGCCUGGGCACGAUCACAUACCUGUCCACUGCGAAAUACACCUGUGCUGAGGGCUACAGGCCGUUUGGCUCCAUGGAAGUUGUUUGUGAAGCAACCGGGGAGUGGAGCAGACCCUCCCCCCGCUGCGUGAGCGUCCUGUGCAGCGAACCUCCGGCCCUGAGAGACGCUGUGACCAUAGGAGAGAACUAUGAACUGGGAAACAAGGUGCACUAUGUCUGCAAAGAAGGCUACACUCUGAUUGGCCCAGAGACCAGAGAAUGUUUGCCAAGUGGCCAAUGGAGUGACAGCUCUGCCCAGUGUGUUCCUCGCUCCUGUGGCCCCCCGCCUGCCAUCGACCACGCAGAGCCCUACGAGAGCCACCAGCUGUUUGGAGACACCGCCAACUACUACUGCACUGACGGAUACACCGCCGGCAACAACUCCAAGAUGGUGUGCAAUGCUCAGGGCAUGUGGGCGCCUCCUGAUGGCAUGGAGGCCCCGCGCUGCAUCGCCAACUUCUGCCUUCGCCCGCCCGAACUACCCCAUGCAAUUUUAGAUUCAGUCAACAAACCCAAAUACACCAGCAACUCUGAAGUGAGCUACAAAUGUGAAGAGGGCUUCAUGCUCAACACCACAGCCACACUGAGGUGUUUAAUGGGAGGACAGUGGGAGCCUUCGCCGUACGAUAUCGGCUGCGUGCCAGUGAGGUGCUCCAGGCCUGAGAGCAUCGACAGGGGCUAUGUGAGCGGGACCAACUACAGUUUUGGAGCCAUGGUGGCGUACACCUGCUAUCCAGGCUUCCAUAUCCGAGGGGAGAAGAGGAGGACCUGCAAGGCCAAUGGAGAAUGGGAAGGAGCUCUCCCCACAUGUGUACCUGUGUCCUGCUCCUCGCCUCCUCCACUCAGGAAUGGAGAGGUUCAAGGUCAAUUCACCUUCAACAGCAAGGUGAAAUAUGUCUGUAACGCAGGCUACAGACUGAUUGGUCGUCCAGACCGAGUUUGCCAAGCCAACCGCCAGUGGUCCAACACCAACCAUCCCACCUGUGUCCUUCUGACCUGUGACCCUCCUCCUUCCAUCUCACAUGGACAUUACCGGGGCUCUGAAUUCCAGGUGGGCCGCAAAGUACAGUACGUUUGCAAUGAGGGUUACGAGCUGGUCGGAGACUCCGUGUGGACCUGUCUGAAAUACGGACGCUGGGAUAAGACGAGGCUGCCGCGCUGCUCGCCGGUGCAGUGUCCAGAGCCACCGCUGGAGGUGAACCACCUGGUCCUGAAGGGCCUGGACUCUGAAUCUGGAACAGUGGAAUUAUCAUGCGAGGAUGGCUACGUCCUUGAAGGCGCUCGCAUCCUCCGCUGCACACCAUCCCAGGAGUGGAACGACACGUUCCCAGUGUGUAAGCAGGUGUUUUGCGGCCCACCUCCUGAAGUGUCGUUUGGCAGCACUUCCUUGUCCUCUCCCCCGUUUCCUUUCGGCUCAGCUGUGACCUACAAAUGCAUGGAUGGUUUCACGUUAAAAAAAGAGGGCUCUGUGUCCUGUCUUGCCAGCGGGCUGUGGAGCAGUCCCUCCCCUGAGUGUAUCCCAGUUGAAUGUCCUCAGCCUGUGGAGGUUUCUAACGGUAUAGUAGAUGUUCAGGGUCUGAUGUACCUCAGCAAAGCACUGUACAGUUGUCGGACUGGAUAUAAUCUGGUGGGUAACUCCACCGUCCUCUGCGGAGAAAAGGGACUUUGGAUCGGAGGGGUCCCCUCUUGCCGCCCAAUUGAAUGCUCCAUCCCAAAACAGAUCACCAAUGGAAAGGUGGUUUACACAAAACUCCAGUUUGGUCACAGUGCCACUUACUCCUGCCGUCGUGGUUACCGCCUCCAAGGCCCAGAGACUCUGAAGUGCCUGGCCAGUGGGGAAUGGGACUUCGAGCCACCUGCUUGCGUGCAGAUAUCUUGCACGCCACCUCAGCCCAUUGAAAAUGGUUUUGUUGAGGGUCAGGAUCACAGUUUUGGUGUCACUAUCUUCUACAGCUGUUUUCCUGGAUUCCAGCUCAUAGGCCAGGACCAUCUGACCUGUGAGGAGUUCGGCUGGUCGAGUUCUGUCCCUGUCUGUUUGCUGUCGGACUGUGGCCUGCCUCCUCACAUUGACUUUGGCGAGUAUGUUAGGGUGACAGAGCAGCGGACAAGCUCUACUACAACUUCUAAAGACACUGGAGCGUUAGCCUCACCUGAGAACUUGAGCUUCCUUCACGGGACUUUGAUUGAAUACCACUGCCACAAAGGUUACGACCUCUCAAGCCCCACCAGGUUGGUGUGUCAGGAGGACGGUGGCUGGAAUGGGACAGCUCCGUUUUGUGUCCCAGCAGAGUGUGAAACACCGCCCAGGCCAGAGCACGGCUGGGUGAAUGUGACUGAUUCCUCCCUCGGCAGUAUGGUCAAGUAUUUUUGUGAGGAAGGAUAUGAACUUCAGGGGGAGCCUGUGAGGCAGUGUGUGUCAGGUCGAUUGUGGACAAAUAACGCCCCCAUUUGUCGACCGGUUUCCUGUGGCGACCCAGGGCCUAUUGCCAACGGCACCGCUCAUGGAGGAGCUUUUGUGUAUCCUGAGGCUCUGCGCUAUGAGUGUCAUCCUGGGUUCAUCCUCAAAGGUAGCAACACAAUCGUCUGCCAGGUUGAUGGAAAGUGGAAUGGACAAAAACCUCUCUGUGAGCCACUGUCUUGUGGUUCUCCUAAAGUCCCCAGUGAUGUUACUUUUAAAGGCGAGGAGCACACCUAUAAUAAUGAGAUAGAACUAAGCUGUCAGCCCGGGUUCCUCUUAGAAGGGAAAUCUGUCAGUGUUUGUCAGGCUGAUGGCACCUGGAGCCACGAGUCUCUGACCUGCGUACCUGCCCGCUGUGGGAAACCCUCACUGAUACCCAAUGGACGUGUGCUGGGAUCAGAGUUUGGCCUCAACAGCAAGGUGAAGUAUCAAUGUGACGAAGGAUACACACUUAAGGGAGACUCCACACGUGUUUGUCAGUCAGAUGGACUUUGGGACAAACCGGCACCUCGCUGUGACAUCAUCAACUGUGAUCCACCCGAGGACAUCAGCCACGGCUUUCUCAACGGCUCCAGCUUCAACUACGACGAUGUGGUGGAGUACGUCUGCUUCGAUGGCUAUGAGGUGGUUGGGGACCCCAUCCUGCGAUGCUCCGCUCAAGGCCUCUGGGUGGGCGCUGUGCCUCAGUGCCGACCCUGCGUCUGUGUCCUACCCGUGUUGAAAUUCGGCGUGGUUCUUGGACGCGACCGCACCUGUGGGGACCUGGUGCAUUUCCAGUGUGACGGCGGCUACAAGCUGUUGGGUCCCCCACAGGCAGUGUGUGAGAAGGGAGGGGUGUGGAGUCCCGGGGUUCCUGUGUGUGGCCGAGGAAGGUGCAGUGUCGCUCCGCCAACAGUUCCUAAUGCUGUCCUGCAGGGCGGCAGUGCCACCUUCCCAGACACUGUUAUAUACAGGUGUCGGCCCGGUUACCAGUUAAAGGGAUACCCACACCUCUCCUGCGGGAGAGACGGCAGGUGGGGGGAGCCCAGGAUCAGCUGUGAGCCUGUGAGUUGUGGAAAACCUCCGGCUGUAGCCCACGCUCAGGUGGUGGGAGACACCUUCACCUUCCCGAACCAAAUCAUGUACAG